UCCGAUUGCCGAAACACGCACCCUUGAGGGCGGACACACCAUUUGACCGCCGAUGCAAGCUCAGAGGGGCCGUGGUGGGGCACGGCAGUCCUGGAGUGGAUUCGUUGAACAUCUUCUCCGGAUCAUCCAGCAGUUUUCGUUGGCCCAUGCAUAGCCUGACUUCGGUCUCCGGUUCGCGGUCGCCGAUUGAUCUGCCGGAGGGGCUGGGACUCAACUACAUACACUGUAUGGGGGCAAAGCCGACGUCUCUUUUGAGAUUGAUACACAGAACGGAUCCGUACAUAGUUGACCGUCGCAUGCAAUGCGUUUGCCGAGUAGUGUGCCAAAAGCCCCUUCGUGCCUUGCCCUGUCCGACUUUCUUCUGAGCCACAGCUGUGGCAGCCUUGCUCGGCGAUCUGCCGUCUGGCAGCCACCACGGAGCCUAGCAUGGACCCACAUUUUAACCCAGCAGCCCCUCCUCCUCACCCCGCCAACUCCUGCCCCUCGUUUAAAAAGUAAGCAUCGGCCCCGCCCACGUCCGAUAAUUUUCAGUCUCCUCUCUCCCCUCUCUCCCCUUCUUCUGCUCGAUCUCUCCAUUGCCCCUCCCCUUUGACCCCAACCGUGCCCAGGCAGUACCUCCUCUUCCACGCCAGCAUGUCUGCUCCCGCCCACAAGUUCAAGGUCGCCGACCUGUCCCUCGCUGCCUUCGGGCGCAAGGAGAUUGAGCUGGCGGAGAAUGAGAUGCCUGGCCUCAUGGCAACGCGCAAGAAGUAUGCCGCCGACCAGCCGCUCAAGGGCGCCCGCAUCGCCGGCUGCCUGCACAUGACGAUCCAGACGGCGGUUCUGAUCGAGACGCUCGUUGCGCUCGGCGCCGAGGUCACAUGGUCGUCGUGCAACAUCUUCAGCACCCAAGACCACGCUGCCGCUGCUAUCGCCGCGGCCGGCAUCCCGGUCUUCGCCUGGAAGGGCGAGACGGAGGAGGAGUACAACUGGUGCCUGGAGCAGCAGCUUGUCGCCUUCAAGGACGGCAAGAAGCUCAACCUCAUCCUGGACGACGGCGGCGAUCUGACCCACUUGGUGCACACCAAGUACCCGGAGAUGCUCAAGGACUGCUACGGCGUGUCCGAGGAGACGACCACCGGCGUCCACCACCUGUACCGCAUGCUCAAGAAGGGCGAGCUCCUGGUGCCCGCCAUCAAUGUCAAUGACUCGGUCACCAAGUCCAAGUUUGACAACCUCUACGGCUGCCGAGAGUCGCUGAUUGACGGCAUCAAGCGUGCCACGGACGUCAUGAUUGCCGGCAAGAUCGCCGUCGUCGCCGGCUUUGGCGAUGUCGGCAAGGGCUGCGCCAUGGCGCUGCGGGGUAUGGGAGCCCGUGUGCUGGUCACCGAGAUCGAUCCCAUCAACGCCCUGCAGGCCGCCAUGGCUGGCUACGAGGUGACCACCAUGGACAAGGCCAGCAAGGUCGGUCAGAUCUUCGUCACCACCACCGGCUGCCGUGAUAUCCUGGUGGCCAGGCACUUCGAGGCGAUGCCCAACGACGCCAUUGUUUGCAAUAUUGGCCACUUCGAUGUCGAGAUUGACGUCGCGUGGCUCAAGGCCAACGCCCAGUCUGUCCAGAACAUCAAGCCUCAAGUUGACCGCUUCCUGAUGAAGAACGGCCGUCACAUCAUCCUGCUGGCCGAGGGCCGCCUCGUCAACCUCGGCUGUGCCACUGGCCACAGCUCCUUUGUCAUGUCGUGCAGCUUCACCAAUCAGGUGCUUGCGCAGAUCAUGCUCUACAAGAACAACGACGAGGCGUUUGCUCAGAAGUAUGUGGAGUUCGCCAAGACCGGCAAGCUCGAGAAGAAGGUCUACGUUCUGCCCAAGAUCCUGGACGAGGAGGUUGCCCGCCUUCACCUGGCCCACGUCAACGCCGAGCUUUCCACUCUGACCCCUGUCCAGGCCGAGUAUCUCGGCCUGGACGUCGAGGGCCCGUACAAGAGCGACCACUACCGCUACUAAUCCUGUGUAUCUUGUCUCUUCGACCUCGCCGCGAAUGUCGGCGGCGAAGGAACGGUUUACGAUAGAUCUUUCAACAAUCCUGGAGCUGGGGACAGAUCUUGGCGGCAUGUCUGGAGUUGUCUUUUUUCGGAGCCUUUUCUUUUCUUUUUCAACACUCACGACUUGCAUGGUACAUCGGGUUUAGGCAGGGUAUAAAAGGCAAGGCGGGGUCUGGUACACAUUUUCAACAAAAGUACGGCGUUGGCUUUCUGCUCAUGAUAUCCCACCUACAUCCACUGGAAGGCGUUUAACAGAAGAGCUUGUCAUGUUACUGCGCCG